AUGAGCUCCAAACUGUGGACCGAGGAGCAGUUCAACUGCCCCGUGUGUCUGGAUCUCCCGAACGACCCGGUCACCAUCCCCUGCGGCCACAGCUACUGCAUGGGCUGCAUCAAGGACUACUGGAGCAAGGACAACCCCAAGGGGGGCUACAGCUGCCCCCAAUGCCGAAAGACCUUCUCCCCCAAGCCCUCCCUGUCCAGGAACACCAUGCUGGCCGAGGCGGUGGAGCAGCUCCGCAAAGGGGCCCUCAAGGCCGACGUGCGGGAAUCCAUGCGGAACGCUCGCUCCUCGUCCGGAGCCAAAGGGAAGCCCUCCUCCUCCUCCCCCUCCUACUCUUCGCCCACGGCGGUGCCGUGCGACAUGUGCAAAGGGGAGCAGCGGGCGGCGGUCAAGAGCUGCCUGUCGUGCAUGAGCUCGUACUGUGCGGCCCACCUGAAGCCCCACUCCACCAAGAAGGCCCUGAGGGCGCACGAGCUGAUCGCACCCACCGCCAACCUGGCGGAGAAGAUCUGCACCCAGCACAAGUACCUGCAGGAGUUCUUCUGCCGCCAGUGCAAGAUGUUCGUCUGCUGGCUUUGCACCAGCAACCAGCACAAGGGCCACGAGUGCGUGUCCACCAAGGUCGAGCGCCUGGAGAAACAGAAAGUGCUGUCAGAGAUGCAGACUGAGAAUCAGCAGAGGGUGAAAGUCCGCGAGCAGGAGCUGAAGGACAUGAAGAAGAUGAUGGAGGGUAUGAAGCGUUCCGCCGACAGGGUGCACGGCGACACGGAGCAGGCGCUGGCGGAGCUGCAGCGUUCGAUGGAGCGUCUGCAGGAGCUGCUGGAGGAGACGCUGGACCAGGCGGGCCUGGAGAAGAUGGGACAGGCCCAGGAGGUCAUCGACAGCCUGGAGGCCGAGGUCAAGGAGCUGAGGAGCAGGGAGACGGAGAUGAGGGACCUGUCGCUCUGCGAGGACAACAUCCGCUACCUGGAGGCAUGCGAGUCAGUGUGCAGCCCGCUGGAGUCGGGCGACCUGCCCGCCGUGACGGUGAACCCCGACGCGUCCUUUGAGCCCGCGCGGGAAGCCAUCCUGGACCUCAGGGACCGGGUGGAGGACCUGUGCAACCAGGAGCUGGGCAAGAUCACCAAACAAGUCAACGACGUCACUCUGUUCACGCUGAAAGACUCCAACCGGAGCGCAGGGCCAAAAGAAGGGAUUUUAAAAUUGUUCGGUCUGGGCCCUCGCAACACGAGCAGCCGUCCUCCAGCUGCUCCGCCCAGCAUCUCGGUGGGAGCGCGGGGCGCGGACAGACGAGGUAUCGGCCUCAAGAGUCAAGAUGUGAGGAGCAGAGACGCCCCGCGAGCAGACAGAGGAAACACAAGCUCACCCAGACUCCAAGACCGGCAGAAGAGGGAGGAACGAGAGCCAGUGAGGGAGACCAACCCUAGACCGAGUCCCAGUCCCAGACCCAGCCCCACUCCUAGCCGCAAGGCGUCUCAGUCUCAGUCUCUUUGGAGCAGGUCCAGCCAGAGCCAGGCUGUCCCAGCAAAUAUCCCUACUCCAAUUCCGGCCACCCCGACCCCAGCUCCAGCUCCAGCAUCAUCCGGAGGGUCCGGUUUCAGUCGGAUGGCGUCCAUCAGCAGCCUGUUCCGCUCCCACCGGCGUGGCACCACCCCGGCCAGCCCGGCCGGGAACACGCUCUCAGCGGGAGGAAACCCAUGGGGGAUGGCCGCUCUGUCCGAAACACCGACAGAAAUUAACCCAGGCCUCUUCUUGGACCUGCCCACCCCGGUCUCGGCGAUGCACGCGCCCGCUUUCCCCGCACUGAGGGAGAUCAGCCUCGACAGCAUCCAGGCCCCGGAGCCGAGAAGCAGGGAGGAGUUCCUGCAGUACUCGGUGACCUUGACCCUUGACACCAACACGGCCCACCGGCGGCUGGUUCUCGCCGAGGGCAACUCCAAGGCCACCCUGCAGCCGGCGGCGCAGCCCUACCCUGACAACCCCCAGCGCUUCGACGGCUGGACCCAGGUGAUGUGCGCGAGCCCGCUGUACGCCCAGCGCUGCUACUGGGAGGUGGAGUGGCGGGGGCGGGGCUCCUCGAUGGGCGUGACCUACGGCGCGAUGGCGAGGAAGGGCACGGCUGCCCGCUCGGGGCUCGGCUACAACGCCCAGUCCUGGACCCUGGAGCUGUCGGACACCUGCUGCUCGGCCAUGCACGACAACGAGAAGAGGGACAUACCGGUCACCUACUCCCCCCGCCUGGGCCUCUACCUGGACCUGUCCACGGGGACGCUGGCCUUCUACAGCGUGGCGGAGAGCAUGACGCACCUGCACACCUUCCGCGCCAACUUCACACAGCCGCUUUACGCCGCCUUCGGGGUGGGCAGCGGGGUCGGGGUGGGGCUGGACUUCGCCCUCGGACAGUUCAGUUCCAGCUCCGACAGCAUCAAGAUCUGUCCCAUGUGAGCGGCGUGCAGGCCGGAGAAAGCAUAAAAAACAACCGACUGCGGUGGAAUAGGUUUGAGACAACAUUGCGUUGACUUUCCGCACCAGUGCUUCGAAAAGUAUGAGUAAUAAACCAAUGGGUGAGUCAGCAGUUUUGUUUCCAU